GUGGAGUUAUGGUACAAAAUUCUUAAAAUUAGAAUUGAAAACAUACAUGUUCUCAUUGUAACAUUUAUUUACCAUGGAUUAAAGCCAAAUUUACAAUCUGCGCAUAAGAUUCAGUCUUGUAAGUAAUGAAAAGGAAAAAGAAAUAUAAAAGAUAAAAAAUAAAAGGCCAAUUAAAUUACUAAAACAAGAAUCAUUAUUUCAGAUUUUAUAUAAAAUAUGCCAAUACAGAGCCUGGUUCAGAAUCUUAGAUUAACAAAAUACAUACAUGAUGAUGUUCUUCUGAGCAUUUAGUUAAUUUCAUAUUCCACUACGGUUCGUUAAGUGCAUUCUGACUAUCCAUAAUUCCAUUAGUAAAUGAAACUUUCAAACUUUUGUUUAGUGGUGUAGUUAAUUGCGGAAAUAACUGACAAUAUUUAGGAAAACCAUUGCCAUGAUUCAUUUUGGUCAAUAGAAGUUUUCCACCCACUACAGGAUCAAACCAACCACUGCAGUAUCAAACACUGGGAUCACGCUACAGAUGGAUCACAAAGAGGUCACAUUGAAAAAUGUUGUAGGAUCAGCCUCAUUGUCUACAGGUUAACUGCUUAUUGUUUAGGAAAUAAGCAGCUGACAGGUAUAGUUACACUCAGUUAUCAGAACAGAGAAUUUAAUUUUCUGUGAUUAUGUUUGUAAAUAAUUUGCCACUAAAAGGGACACCCCAAAGUCAGUUGUUUGCUUGUACAUAAAUUCACAAUGAAGUUCUGUGACAAAUACAUGUUUUUCCCCUGGAUACCAAAAACACAUUAUAUUACUAAGCAGACUGACCCUCCCCCUUCCCCUUUACUAGUGGUAACAUCUGGUAAAGUUGAAAUUAUGUUGACACGUAGGUGUUAAUCAGCUCUUCAAUCAGAGAAAACCUUUACCAUAAAAUUGUGGGACAGAAUUGCUGCCAUAUUUACCUUCAAGAGAAUUGUUAGUCCUGCUGACCUACACCUAUAAAAGCAUAUACAUUAUCCAAGCUUUUGGAACUAAUAGUUCCUUCCUCAGGGAGAAUUACAGAAGGUUAAAAAGGUCACUCAGAUUCUGACAUGAGGGGUACCCUGCUGUUAUGAGGAGAAGGGAAGACAUAUAUGAACUUGCAGGACUGUAGACAGAGGCAUAACACAUACAUUAAUGUAGAAAAGUUGAUUUUAAGAACUGCAUUUAUGAUUAAUUGCCGUCAAACUGUUAUAAACUACUUAUGCACAACAGACUAAAUGUUUAAUAGGAAAAUUAGAAAGAAAUCCACAACUUUUUAGAUUCUACUUCCUUAGUUUUAGUAAUCAGUUGCUGUUUAUCUGCUAUUGGUUGCUUAUUACUUCUAUGGCUACACUGAUAUUUACUGGGUAUAGCUGUUUCCCACAGACAGUAAGAACAGAGAUUUGCUUGUAAUGAACGUCAUUACUUGUCAUACAGCUAUUCAAAGUUUUAAAUUCCAGAUUUUAAAUCAUUAAAUAAUUUGUAGGAGAGCAUAAUACAAAAUAGUUUUACUUUCCUUUUGAAUUUAUGGGAAUUUCUAAUUUAUUACGUUAUGAGUGAUGACAGCAUUUUAUGAGGUUUACAUUAAAACACAAUGCAUCAUGUGAAACCUACACAAUGAAGCCAAGUCUAUACAAAAUUUGUUUUCAAGUCCAGUGUUAAGGCUGUGGAAAUCAUACAUAAUGUGAAACUGCUUUUUUUUUUUUUUUACGUCCCAAAAAGAGUUACGAAGGAGCAAAUGUACAAGGAAAUUAGUAUAAUAAUUCCAAAAUAUCUGUAGAGGUCCCAGUACAAUGUUGGGUUACGUUCUCUACAAAGUAUUCUUACUGUUAAUAUUUGCUGAGUCAAACUUUUGCUUAUAUUAGCUGCACUGUUCCAGAAGAUAAUUUCAUGUGGUGACAGGUACUGAAAAUAUGCAAAAUAAACUGGUCUCCUUAUGUGCAAGUCAACACAAUGAGAUAAACUUCAAGUGCAAAAAUGACAAAUUGGCUAUCUUAUUAAUUAGUUCCCCCCCCCCUCAUUUUCUUUGUUCCAGCUUCCCCUCCACCUACUACCACUUUCAGACAGGUGCUCACAGCCUCCACCCCUCCUCUUCCACAAUUCUCCCUCUCAGGCAGGCAGACAGUCAGUAAUCAAUACUGGCAGUUUCCCCCACCACCACACUUUAAACAGGGCAGGGCAAUGGCUGCCUCACAACAGUGCAUCUACAGAUGUGUGUCAUGUCAGUCUCUGAAUAACUGUGUAUGUGAACAGCAAAGUACAUUGACUGCCAAGUUUGCUUUGUGGAGCAGUUAACACUUAAUUAGCUACACCCUGUUACCGUGUAAACUUCCUUAUUCCCCUCGUCCAGGUGUGUGGUAGGGUUUUGAAAGUGGGAGAGCAGAGAAGUGUAAGUGGUUUGCAAGAGAUGAGAAGAAUUCACUAAAUUUUCAGCAAAGUUUUGUCAUGCACACCCUGUUAUGGUUUUCAACAAAUAUCACAUGGUACAAUUGAAAAGAAGUGAUACUACUGUGUUUUUAUGAUAGGGACUGUACUUGAUUAAAAAGAAAUGGACUGAGAAGAAAAGUGAGGAGUAGGUGGGAGGCAAUAGAAAAGUGCUCAACUUAAAAGAGUUCCCACUACAUCUCCACCCUGACACAACAAAUAUGUGACAGCACAUCAUAGGUACUGCCCACAGUAGAAUUUAACAACAGUAAUGUCAUACAUCUUUGUGAAGUCAACUACCAGAAUUAUGAUGUCAUGAGAUGCACCUGUGGCUGUACUGGACGACCAGCACAACGCUGCUUCUCUCGCUAUCGCAGCACACUGCAAAUGGCGAGUGUAGCAGCAGCUGUUGUGACCUAUUGUUUUGUUCUGGGUUCUUUUGCAGUGGCCAAACUUCGUGCAGCUGAUGCUCGGUUUUCUCUAUCUUAUCUGAAUGUAACAAUAGAUGAACCAAAACUACAAGACACAAAUGCAGUUUGGGAAACAGAAAAUUACAACUAUAAUUAUGACCCAGGGUAUUUGGAAGAAAUAUAUGAGAUGAGACGUGAACGUGUAUGGGAAGUAUGUGUCGACAAAGGAUUGAACACCAGAGGGCAGCCAAAUGCCUGGGAAUUUUUCAUUGACAAGGAUCACCAUCUGGUCUGGUGUAGUAUCUUCAAGGCUGCUAGUUCAACAUGGAUGUAUCAUUUCAAUAUAUUAGCUGGCUACAACGAGAGAUUUCUAAGGCGAACACGCAAAACACCAAUGAGCCUCGCACGUGCUCGCUUUCCACGACCAUCUGUUCAGCAAUUGCAGGACACACUUCCACACGCACUUUCAUUCCUGAUUGUCAGAGAGCCAUAUGAACGCUUGCUUUCUGCUUAUCGUAACAAGAUAGAGGGGGCAAAGAAUCCUUACUACCGAAAACUUUCAAAACAUAUUGCUCAGCACUAUCGGUACAAGCAAGAUCCGAUGAUAGAUGUGCCAGAAAGUGUAAGGUCAGGUCCCACAUUUCCAGAAUUUGUUGAUUACAUCAUCAACAGCAAAAAGUUUGAUGAACAUUGGGCACCUUAUCAUUCAUUCUGUACUCCAUGCCAUGUAAACUUUACAGUUAUUGCAAAAAUGGAAACACUAGAUCGAGAUGAGGAGUAUAUCAUCCAUAAGGCUGGCCUACAAAGACUGCUGUUACCUUCCCACUACCGUUAUAAGCCAAGAACUGCAAUCAACAAGGCAAGGGAUGGGAAAGCUACAGCUGCACUAGUGGAAAAGUACUACUCACAACUGACAAAAAAACAAAUGGAGAAGUUACACAAAAUCUAUGGUACUGAUUUUGAAAUGUUUGAUUACAAUGCAACGAAGUACUUCACUUUCACGCAAUCUGAACUAUAAUUAUGUGUCUAUUGCACUACAUCAAAUCAUGGAAUUAAUAAGAAGAGACACUUUGCUUCUUGCUUUCUAAAUUAUUAAUCAUUUACAGGAAAUUAGGUAAAUAUUACUGUUGCAGAUGCUAUUCACAAUAUUUGUACACUUUACACCCCAAAUCAAAAGUAAAUUAAUGUUAUUAAUAUUUGUGCCUGUUAUACUAUAAAAAUUAUUGCAAAGUUGAAAGUCGUCAUUAAUGUUUUCAGUGUAAUAUAUGAACAACUUCACUAUGUCGCAAUAUAUUUAUGAACACUAGAAGAGCAGAAUCAGUUUGUCAAUAAGAUGACUGCACCAUGUUAAUGAUUACUUCAGCUUUAAUUUGUCUUUGUGUCUUUUGUAAAAUAGUUGAGUCACAUGGAGAGCAAAUACUUGUAUUAACCAUUCCAAUCCUUUUGGACCAAAUCACAGCAGUUAUGAUUGCAAUAAAAAUAAAAUGAUAAUGAGAUAGAUAAAAAUAACAACACUACAUUUUUGCAUGAUAAAAGAAGUAAAAUAGUUUUCAGAACUGGUUAUUGUGAGUGUAACAUCUUCUAAGACAGCCCACCACUUAAUUCUUACAGUAUGACUAAAACUUUUUCAGCUGAAUAAUGUUCAGCAAUUUACAUUCAUAUUACAAAAAAUUAAAACUUGUGAAGUGUGGCAACAUUAAAAAGUCCAAAAUGUAAAUGAGGAGGUCUACAGUAUGGCAUUUUGAGAGAUUCAUCCAUGAUUAGAAAGGAAGAUAAUAUCGGUCCCUUACCCCUGCUGAAUUAGUUGUAUACAGUACAAACCAUUUUAAAGUUUGUUAAGUGCUUAAUGGUUUAAGCAUAUGCAGUACUUCAAUUCCUUUGAUACUGCGCCAUGUUAAUAAUUACUUCUGCUUUCAGUGACAAUUGUUGUUUGCAAGCACUAUGCAGUCCUUAAGAGUUUGACCGACAAUUUUCAAUUUUCAUGGGUUAUUAUACAUAAAAUAUUCCCUACAUUUUAAAAAAAAGAUAAUAAUAGUAGUGAGUAACAAAAAAUUUUGGAUUAUUUUGCUCCCUCCAGCCAUCAGUUAUUUACACUAUGCAAGCCACCUUGCAGUAUGUGGAGGAGGAGAGGUUACUUCAUGUAGCACUGUCAUUUCCCUUUCUUUCUCUUCCCUUUGCAAAUAGUGGGUGGGAAGAAAGACAGUUAAGCGCAUAAGAAAGAUAAGCAUAGAAGAGCUUGAAUUUUUCUUGCUGCCUUUUACAUUCUUCAGGCAAUAUUAUACAUUUCAGUUUAUAGUACACUAAAGAAAUGUAAAAUAUUUAUGAUAAUAUGAAGAUCAUCAUCUAAGUAACAGUGCUUGUUCCUGAAUAUUCAUUUUGUGUAGCUACAGAAAGAAAGACAGGCAAAUUUAAAACACAGUUAUGGAAACAGUGCAGCUAAUUCAAGAGUUUAUCCAAUGUCUUUACCCAAUAUCUUCUACUACGUGUGCAUUUUUCCUUUAUUGUUUUGUUCUGUAUGCUUCGUUAUAGUGCGGAAAGUGUAAUUUUGUAGACAGUGCAUAACAUUUUUCAUAUAACACUGAUACAAAGUAAUGGAAUUUUGCUUCCAAUUUGACACUGUUACACUGUAGUUAUUUGAAAGGGGCUUACUAAGACAUACUUUUAACAACAAAAUUUUGUUGUCAGUGAAAACCACUCCUCUAUAUUGUUUAUCUUAAACUAAUUUCUAAGUUUUCAACUUCCUCUCUAAUACUACCUCAGUAUUUUGUGCCAUGGAAAAAAUACAUAUUGUGCCUGAUGUUUUCCAACAGGUAAACCAUUACAUUCAGCUAAAAUAGAGAUAGUAGCAUAUUUUUAUCUCAAAAUGGUAAUUCUCACUAUAAUGCAAGAUGAUAAUGCACUUAUAUUCACUGUUUCCGAUAACCUUGGAUACUGGUGAGGAUAGAUACGUUAGUCUGCGAUGCGCAUCAGUUCAAAAUCUCAUUAAUUGAUAUGUGACACACAUUCUUUACAUUGGAAACUGAACAGCAAACAUGCACAAAAGAAUAUUAUAUGAUGUCUGUUCCUCAAAAUGUACACACAAUUCAGCAACGUUCUGAAAACUAUAUUACUUCCAGUUAGAAAUAAAUCUUGUCCAUUUGUUGUAAAAACACUUGAAAGCCACAACUAUAUAUGAGAACUGCAUAACACAAACUGUCACUGUUUAGCAAUGAUAUUAUCUAGUAUUCUAACAAAAAUAAUUCAAUAAGUAUUUUAGAAAAAAUGUUUGAUAUUUUGGUGUACCAAAACUUUGUUUAAAAACAUUUCUACAUUUUAUAUCUGAAUGUUCUAAAAGCUCAAAUGGAGGCAAUAAAAUUGUUUUAAUCACUGAAAAAUCUACUUUAUGGUGGUGAAAAAAUUAACAAACUUAAAUAACUUGAAAUGUUCCCAAACUUUUUGUUAUAGGAUGAUAAGCACAAACACAGCGGAAAAAAGAAAUAUAUGGAAACUGAAAUUUGUAUUCUAUUUAUAUUGUAUGGUGUUUGGUGGUAGGCAGCAAUAAGGUUAAUUCAAGUAAAGAUCAUAUGAACCACAUGGUAAAAAUGUUUGGUACAGUAUAAAUGUAUCCUUUCCAAUUCAUUUAAUUGUGUACAUGAGAACUGAUCAUCGCUCACCAAAUAGAAGAGAUGCUAUGCUACCAAGUACAUAACUACAUCACUUUCUGGUUUUUUAAUUGAUCUGUGGAAGUUCAGUAGUGAACAUGAAUGAUAGUGUUGAUUAUAUAUGAAUGUCAGCACUAUGGAGUUCAGGGUGUUUAGAAAUGAGAUGACCAUGUUACUUAACAAAACUCCUUUCUGAUGUGACUUUUGG